AUGUUAAGAUAAAAAGAGUAAAUAGAGUUCUUGAGUAAAAAACCACCUACAUGUAUUAAAAGUACAAUAGAGACACUUAUGAUGAACUUUUAACAAAUUUCAAGAAAUAUUGAUCAUUUAGAUUAAGAUUUAAAUCAGUUGUCUAAACGUCUUGAUUAUUUGGAAGUAACUUAAAAGUUAUGAAUUAUAUUAGGAAUCAAUGACAGAACAUUGCAUUCUUGUUUAACCUUAAAAAUAAGAAACCAAAAAAAAACGUAGAACUGCCAACCUCAUCAAAAGGGAUUUUUAAGUACAUUUUUUUAUAUAUUUAAAUAGUGUCCUUAUGAAAAAUGUGAUAAAAUCUAUGGGACUGAUAUUUCAUUGAAUUUACAUAUUAGACUUAAACAUAAUGGAGGAUCAAAAAUUGAAAGAGAAGAAUUAGCAGUAACUUAAUUAUAUUUAUUCUUAGAAAAAAAUAUUAGAUGCUAAAUUUUAAGAUGAAAUAGAACCAGAACACAGCUUCAAUCUACCUCCUAACUUCAUUGAAGAUUUCUAAAUACAUCAUUAAGAAUAUAUACAUAAUUUAGAAAAAACUUACAAUAAGAGAAUAUUACUUUGA